AUGGCAUUCAAAGAGACUAUCAGUCGUGGCACUCCAGUCAUACCCACGGUAGAUAGAACUUUCGUGGUCAUCAAUACCAACAAGAGUGACACCAACUUUGACCACCAUGACCAUCCACCGCAAAACUUAAGAGGUGACGACGUUCCUCCAUUUCAAAGCAUAAUCCAAUCAGGGCUAUGCAAGCAAGCUAUAGCUGCACGGCCGCAAACAUUAAAUGGAAUUGAUAUGCAGUCCUGUGGUCAACUCGAUAUUAGUGGCUGCAAGAAUAUCUUGGAGAGCAGCAGCCUAUCUCUUAAACCAGACCAUUUCAACAUGGAGAUGCUCCGGCUACUUUCAUUAUAUCCGGCAGACACAUCAAGAUACCGACACUUUCGGCACACUGUGCGCCGCAAAGGUGUUGUAUUAGUCCGGCAUCAAUUAAGAAUCAUGAGCUGUUGUGUCAGCAAAGCACUCCGAGCGUCAGAUAAAUCAAUCAACAGAACAGAAUUUGUGCGCUUGGUACUGCAACAUCAUCCAUAUUAUGGGCAGAAUAUAACUGCAGCAAACAUCCUAAGACAGCUAAUAUAA